AAUACGUUUGUUUUCUGUUGAAAAUUUGCUGCAUUUGCAAGAGUUAUGAGUAUUUUGUGCCGCCCAAAGUUACAAUGGAUAGGAAUAUAAAGAAAUUUGUAUAUAAAUAUCAAAAUCACGAAGGCAAGGCCUGUGAAGAAAGCAUUGAUAUUGGGUUUCCUUUCGAAUCUGAUGAGGAAUGCCUUGAUGAGUUAGUUACAAGAUUACUAAAUAGCAUGGAUCCUAUGCAGCGGUAUUUGGAUCGGAAUAUAUCACUUAAAUCGGAUUUACGUGAGUUCAUACAAGAAGAAAACCAAAACUUUCUGGAUCAAUUUGCGGAGGGACUACUGGAACAGGUUCGCAAUGAUGAACUCGAUCUAGAAGCUGUCAUUCGGAAAACUGAGCGCAGCUAUAAAGAGGAGAUAAUACAAUUUGCCGAUCGCAUUGGGCCCAGUGAUGAGGACAUAUUUGCGCAGAGUUUCCAUCGAUUGGUACAUUCGUCUUCAUUAGAGGAUAUAUUAAAACGCGAAAGAACAUACGCAAAAGUUAUUUCAGAUAUAAAUAAGCAAAUGGAUAGGGAAGUAGAGACUUUAAAUUCUAGGCAGCAACAAGAAAUGGACUCGAAAAUUAAGCAAUUGGAUAUCACAACUACUUCGGAAGAUAUCAAUAACCUCUUAGCACAACAAUAUAGUACUCAAAAUUAUAUACGACAACGUUCCGAGUCGGAGUUGCAGGCCAAGCGUGGACAUCAACGCAACGAAUACCGUGAUUGGAUUACCAGUCAAGUAGGUAAAAUAUUUGAAACCUCUCCGAUUGCUACACCCCUCGGAAAUCGUUCAUCUAUGUUUAUAUCACAACAACCAUCGAUGGAGGAAAGUUUUACAAUACACUUGGGCUCACAGCUUAAACAUAUGCACAAUAUACGAAUACUCAGUGCGGAUGUCACGGAUCUUUGCAGUCCACUGCACGUGGAUGAGAGUUUAAAUGGAUUAAAUAUGGCAUUGGGUCUAUAUUCAAGUUCUCUGUGUGGUGUAGUCGUUCUUACUCCGUCUAUUCAAGCUCGACCUAAUAAAAAUAUCAUAAAAAAUGCCAACAUGUCAACCGAAUUUCACUUCGACCAGAUAGAUGAUCAACUAGAGAAGAUAGAAAAACACAUACAUACACUUAACGUUACCGAUUCCAAAACGCCCAGCAUGCACAGCAGUAGUAGUGCAGGCAAUGGAAGUGAUAAUUUAUCACCUAAUAACGGUGGUGGCAACAGUAGUGCUGGUAGCGCUGGCAGCUCCCCUACUAAAAUUGCCUCUACCAAACUAAAGACUGGCGACUUUUUUAUUACUAAACACUCGAAUCUUUCACAAUCUCAUGUUAUUUUUCAUUUAAUUUCGGAUGAGCCCAUUAAUAGUCCAAGUGAGAUAAACUCUCGCCAUCCGGUAAUACUAGGAUUGCGUAACAUUUUAAAGACAGCCAGCCGACAUGAUGUUACUACACUUACAAUACCAGCAUACAUUUUCAGACACUAUUUGGAACGAACUGUGAACACCCCAAUUGAUGUUUUGCUGGACAAUACAUCGUCGGUACAUCCACUAGAAAAGUGA